UUAGGGUGUGUCAUUCCAACCCGGGACCUACGCGUAAGUUUGGGUGACUUUUAUUGUGAAGGAUUCGGGGCGGAAGAGAAAUUUGUGUUGUCGUUUUAGGCGGGCGGAUACAGGGUGUGGGUAUUACGCAGUGGAGAGGCACAUUUCAUUUGUCUGCAUUUCAGAGGAAGAUGUCCCGUUUCAAAAGGGCGGGUAAUGUGGACAGUCUGGCGGGCUUUCGAACCCCAAAGCCGGAGGCAGCUGUUCCCUACGGGCUGCUAAAGGCAGCCAGGAAAAGCGGCCAACUCAAUCUGUCCGGUCGAGGCUUGACUGAAGUCCCUCAGAAUGUGUAUCGGCUUAACAUUGAUGAACCAGCGGAAGCCCAGGAGAACGUAGCGUUUGGAGGAUCAGAUCGCUGGUGGGAACAGACCAACCUCACCAAACUUCUGCUGUCGUCCAAUCAACUAAUACAUCUGUCUGAAGACAUCAAACUCUUACCUGCACUAACUAUACUGGAUCUCCAUGACAACCAGCUGAGCAGUUUACCCAGCACUCUUGGAGAGCUGCAGGAGCUUCUGCAGCUGCGACUAAGCCAUAAUAAGCUGUCCUCGCUGCCAACAGAGGUGUGUUCCCUAAACAACCUUCGUUCCCUCACACUGCAACAGAAUCUCCUGGAAACUGUGCCAGAGAAAAUAGGAGAGCUGGGGAACCUGACAGAGCUGGAUCUGUCCAACAACCUUCUGAAGCAUCUGCCCUCCAGUGUUGGCCGUCUCUCAGCUCUGCAGAAAGUAUCCCUUUGUCACAACAAGCUGAGCAGUCUGCCUGACAGCCUGGGCCAGCUGGCAAACGUGAAGCUCCUGGACUGCAGCCACAAUGAGCUGACCGACGUUCCCGUCAGCCUGGCUGGGAUGCUGGCUCUGGAGCAGCUCUACCUGCGACACAACAAGCUACGCCAGCUGCCGCAGCUGCCUGCCCCCUCUCUCAGGGAAGUGUUUGCUGGGAACAACCGGUUGGAGCUGCUGGAGGCUGAGCAGCUGUCCUGUCUCUCUGCUGUGACUCUUCUAGAACUGAGAGACAACAAGAUCAGAAAUCUUCCUGAAGAAAUCGCACUGCUGCUCACUCUGACCCGGCUGGACCUCACUAACAACGACAUCAGCACCAGUCUUCCCGCCUCUCUGAGCCUGCUGCCCAACCUGAAGGUGUUGCUGCUGGAGGGAAACCCUCUUCGUGGAAUCAGGAGGGAACUUCUGGCUAAAGGAACUGGUGACCUUCUGAAAUAUCUAAGAGGAAGAAUUAAAGAGGAGGCUGAGGGAACGGCUGAGCCCACUGCCAUGACGUUACCGUCUGAAGGUCUGGUCAACACGCACAACAUCAAAACUCUGAAGAUGUUGGAGUACGGUAACAAGCAGGCAGCCAGUGUUCCAGACGAGGUGUUUGAUGCUGCUGUGCAUCAGGCCGUCACCUCUGUUAACUUCAGCAGAAACCAGCUGACAGUUUUCCCACCCCGACUGCUGGAGCUCCGCUCCUCGCUGUCAGACAUCAACCUGGGCUUUAACAGACUGAGCUGCUGUUCUGACAUCUGCUCCCUCCAGCAGCUCACACACAUUGACCUCAGGUUCAGCUCCUUCCCUGAAGCUUUGUAUCAGAUUGUAACCUUGGAGACGGUGAUGCUGGGGAACAACCAGGUGGGUGGGGUGGAUCCCAGCCGUCUGAUGCAGCUGCUCAGUCUGUCCACCCUGGAUCUGUCCAACAACGACCUGCUCAGUGUCCCUCCUGAACUGGGCUUGUGUACCAGCCUCAGAUGCCUGAGUCUGGAAGGGAAUCCUUUCCGCACACCCAGAGCAGCCAUUGUUGCCAAGGGAACGGAUGCAGUGUUGGAGUACCUGCGCAGCCGCAUCCCUACAUGAGGCAUGAACUCACCUGAUGGUUCAGCAAAAAGGAUCAAGUCUUUUUUCUUUCAAAAUUGAUCACAUUUUUAAAAGAUAUUUAUUGCCUAUGUUUGGUGCUAAAAAUCCAGAGUUGUUUUUGUAAAAGUGGAAUGUCUAAAACCUUCUAAGAAGUUAUUUCAGGACAUAAAGAGCUCUCUCUUUUCA